UCAUAAUACUUUGAAGGCUCUCCCCAUCUUUUUGUUUUUGUUUUGCGCAACCCUUUUCUUGCAAAUACAUAUUUAUUGAGGCCUCUUCAUUCUACACUUGAAAUCGCCGGUUCUAACUUUAAAGGAACAAGGAACUCCAUCUCGUGUUCCGCACCAGGACGACCGGUGUGCAGGAAUCAGCCGUGUCUGAAAGUAGAAGGUGCAGGAGAUUACAGUUUGGUCCAAGCCACAAUGAGUGCCCGCGGUGAGGAAGCCGGCGAAGCUUCAGGAUCCCAGGAGCAGCCCGCACCGGCUGAGCCUCCGAAGAGAGGACCGGGCAGACCGAGGAAGCCGCCUCAAGAGCCCACGGGCGAGCCUGUCCCCAAACGACCGAGGGGGCGCCCUAAAGGCAGCAAGAACAAGGGCCCUCCAAGGCAGCACAGAAGAAAGCUGAGGCCACAGGUGAAAAGAGACCCAGAGGCCGACCCAGGAAAUGGCCACAGCAAGUGGUCCAGAAAAAGCCUGCUCAGGAACAAGAAGAAGAAGAAGAGGCCGAGGAGUCGGGAGAGGAGGACUAAGAACCCCCAGCGUUGAACCUCUACCUCAAUCAACUGUCAGGUCUUUCAAAGGGAAAAGACUGCCUUGACCACUUAUUGUUGACUUUCCACUUUUUGUUUUGUUCUCGAGUUUGGUUUCGUAUUUUUGAAAAAGAAAACAUUGAUUUUUUUUUUUUGUUUUUGUUCUGUUUUGUUUGUUUGAUUUGGGUUUCUUGAAAAGAACACACACUACACCUCAGCAAAUGAACGGCAAAGACGUAAAUGCAGAAUGGCUGGCAGAGCCUCCUCGUUGUUCCACCGUGAGGUCUC